AUGUUUAUUCCAUCUCAUCCCUGCCACCAUAGCUUUACUGGGAAAUGGGCUUCUCUAUAUUUAUUUCUCUACAUCUUUUCCGGACGCUACAUUUACUUGACAACCUCGGUCAUUUGUUUCGGUAUCUCAUCCGCAUACCACACUUUCCUUUGUCAUUCCGCCCGUUACACUGAUCUCUGCAGUCGAUUGGACUAUGUUGCUAUUGUAUUCCAGAUUCUUGGCUCGUUCGUUUCGGGGAUAUAUAUGUAUUGGGCUCUAUUGGUCAAUGGUCCGUUCAUAAUUCUCUACCCCUUCCACCGCGUGGUCGAACUAACUUUACAACGUCCAGAUCGGCAGUCUAGGCUUAUUGGCUGGAUUUGUCGUGGUGCAUCCCCAAUUACAAAGCCAAAAGUGGAGAAUGUUGCGGUUAUCAACAUUUGUGGCGACGGGACUUUCGGCAUUUGCUCGUUGCCACAACUAGAUCAACAAGCCGGAUUGCGAUAUUACUAUCUUGAAGGACUCGUCAUCGUAAUCGGGGUCUUGCUUUACGCGGAUUCCGAUUACUACACCUUGACCCAAGACUGGGAGCCCGAAGACUUUCAGUCGGAAACCACAUCUAUCGCGUCAACAAUUGCGAAGGGUCGAUUAGAAAAUGGUAGACGAUACCAAGCUAUGAAGGAAGAUGACUAUUGGAGUCCUUCCGACGAACAGCAAUUCGAGGCUUUUGAGCUUGGUCAUGUGGUGUUUCUCGUAUUAGACCAUGACCGAGAAAAUCCUCUUCACCACGCGCCUAUCGGCAAGUCUCCUAAGCACAUUCUGGACAUUGGGACCGGUAAAGGAACAUGGGCUGUUGAUAUGGCAGAUAUAUAUCCAUCUGCAACUGUCCGUGGCGUCGACAUCUUCCCCCCUCCCGUGACAUGGAUGCCACCCAACUGCAUCCUGGAAGUAGACGAUAUCCUCCGGGAUUGGACCUGGAGAGAGCCAUUCGACUUUAUCCACAUGCGUCUGAUGCUGGGAGCAUUUACGCCAGGGGAAUGGGAUCAAUUAUACAAACAGUGCUACGACUCUCUCACCCCAGGCGGCUGGAUUGAACAGAUGGAACUAGACGUGCGAGUAUAUAGCGACGACGGCACUUUACAGGAAGGUGGCACUCUAGCUACAUGGGGAGAUAAUUUCAUCGGCUGCUCCGAGCGAGCGGGCCGCUCCCUCCUAACGCAGGAGACAAUGCAAGGCGCAAUGGAGAAGGCCGGGUUUGUUGACAUACAGGAAAAGCUAUACAAGAUUCCCUUGGGACCGUGGCCAAAGGAUAAAGUUCUCAAGGAGGCUGGUCAGCUUCAAUACGCCCAUUGGGUUACUGCGUUGGAGGGAUGGGCUAUGUGGCUGCUCACUAAGUUUGGUGCGCCCAAACCUUGGUCUUCGGAGGAGGUCCAGAUUUAUUUAUCCAAGGUUCGGGCGGAGCUGAGAAAUCCCCGUACACAUGCUUAUGAAUAUGCUCGCCGAGUCUGGGCUAGGAAGCCUACGGUGGAGGAAGAAAUGGCUAAUUCCCCAAUCAAGACCGAGCCUGAGUCCUAA